CGUGUUGUGUAACGCCGAGCGUUUGCUUGUCUAUAUUAUUAUGUAGGUUAGCGCAUGGCUUCGCGUGUCUAGGGCUAGGUUCGUUAGGCAGGCAGGUAUCAAAGGGCCACGGGGAUUUCGCCGACUUUCGUAAUCUGUGGAAACGUGGGCUCGAAUGCCGCAGCGAGUUGGCAACGUCGCACGCUCGACCGACGACCUCGCGUUAUCGCCCGCGGUGACGCGAUACGCUGAAAAGGUCACCAGUCGCCGCUCUAGUCGCCACCAUCCGCUAAUGUCUUCGCCAUCUAAACAGUUGCAGUUUCGACAUAGAAUCCCAUAAGUACACCGUGAAAAAAAUAUUGUUGCGACGUGGCGUCGUGGUGCGUAGCGGCGUCUCGCUCGCGCGGCCGCCGCGUCCCGCUCGGCUCCGCCCCCCUCCGACCGCAGCGCCGCGUAGCGGUCGCGCCGCGAAAUGUACACGUCGCCUAUACAGCGUUGCCAUUCCGUACCUAUAAUUUCGCUGGACGUAAAUUUCAACCGAAACAGUUCAAUGGACUUUUCGAAAACUCUAAACGUGUCAUUUUACGUAAAAAGUCCUGUGUUACAUAGAUUAUUGUAGGGAGUGGUGUGUGACCGUCUGUUCUGUUAAAAAUUGUGAUAUUUCAGUGUGAGUUGCGUGUCCGUGCUUGUAAUCCGUGAACAAAGUCCCGUUGGGAGCUAUCACGUCUGUUUUCGGCUCUAAGGUUAUCGGUGCAGUGUCGUCGGUCGUGUCGGUCGUGUGCAGUGGUGUGCGUGUGCAUCCGUGUUUGUGUGUGUUGUGCGACGUAGCGCCGGUAUGGCGCGCAGCUAGCGAGCCGCGCCCGCCGCGGCAUGCGCGCCGCCUAGCCAUGCCUGCUGCGCAUCACGAGCCAUGGCGCAGUACUCGCAACGGACACAGCCAAUGCACAGGUGAAGCCUGUAGACUAAAGUGGAAAACCGUACGAGACGGUUACAUAAAGUAUAAGAAACUAUCCCAAAUGAAGAAUAGUAAAGUUAGUAACUACGUCUGGAGCACCCAAUUGAAGUUUCUGGAUAACUACAGUUAUCGCAUCAAAGGAAUGUCGAAAUGUUCGUCAGAGCAGUCGGAAGGGUCGCAGACAGCGGCACAGGAUGUAUCACCGGUACAGUCGCCAUCACCACCGCCUCUAGUGCCGCUAAGAUCAGUACCAUCAACAGAAACUAACUCACCGAUGCAAACAGACGAAGAAUUACAAAGCGUGAUUGAGAGAAACUCAAGUCAGUGGGAGCAAUUCAAGCAAAUAGAUUCUACCGAUCUCCUUUUUCUCAGUUAUUCGGGGACAUUCAAGAAGUUCUCAGCGAGGCAACAAGCCCUGAUGAAGAUAGAACUGGCCAAAUUGUUCGCAAACGCUGAACUGGAACAGCUGCAGUCUGGACAACAUAGUUCGCAGAUAAAUAAUGAUGAUUAUUCAACGCUCGUUGUUAAAACUGAAUUUGAUGACGAAUAGUGACGUUCUAGGUUACAUUUUAGAGUACUUAAUAGUUAUUCCAAUUUAUUUUCUAAGCAUUCACUAUAGGUUACUAACUAACUGUUAAUGUGAUAUAUUCUGAAUUAAAAAAAAUAACAGAGGU